UUGGGUGGCCUCGAACUCACAGAGAUCCAUCUGCCUCUGCUUCCCUGGGGCUAAGAUUAAAGGUGUGUGCCAUUACUCCAGGCUGGAGGUUACUCUGGAAGUCUUAACCAGGACAACUGCAGUGAUUGUAAACAUGCAGACACUGAAUCACUGCUGUGCUACUGCCCCGUGCUUGGCCUUGUUGGUCCUGGCUCUGUGUAUAGCUCCCCUAUCACUGUAACGGAACUCCAGGAGCUGUGAAUGAAGACGUGGAGCCUCUGAAUAAAGCUGAUGCUUUCCAGAUAGACUUUUCAUUUCCUUCUAAUAGACACACAGCAUCUGCUUAGGACAGCUGAUUCUAAGCUUCUACACUGGUGAGUGUGAGCAUGGUGUGGCUGGUCCUGAGGGAAGUUGCUGUCUACGUUCAUUAGGUCACACAAAACUAUUUUCCAGACCACAUGUAUCAUCAUCUUUCCCUGGCCAUGAAUGACAGUUCCUGUGUCUCAGACUCUGAAUGAGUUUCUAGCCAAUCUGAUAAAAUGUGCAUGAACUCGUAUCAUCAUUCCACCACCCCUGGGACAGGCUGAACCUCCUGAAACCAUGAGCCAAGUUACAGGGCUGAAGCAGGAAGUUCAAAAGGUCAUGACCAGUCUUGGUUACAUAGUGAAGACUGUCUCAAGAGGAGACGGAUGGAAAAGGGGGAAAUACACCCCUGUGGAAAAAGUGUACAACCGUCUGGGCCACAGCAUGCCACGGGGCCUGGCUGCUCCCAUACUCCUGCUGAUUCUCCAUGGAGCCUGGAGCUGCGUGGACCUAACCUGCUACACUGACUACCUCUGGACCAUCACCUGCAUCCUGGAGUCACGGAGCCUCAGCCCCAGCAUACUCAGUCUCACCUGGCAAGAUGAAUACGAGGAACUUCAGGACAAGGAAACCUCCUGCAGCCUGCACAGGUCUGGCCACAACACCACGCAUACAUGGUACACGUGCCACAUGCGCUUGUCUCAAUUCAUGUCUGAUGAAGUUUUCAUUGUUAACAUGAUGGACCAGUCUGGCAACAACUCCCAAGAGUGUGGCAGCUUUGUCCUGGCCGAGAGCAUCAAGCCAGCUUCUCCCUUGAAUGUGACCGUGACCUUCUCAGGACGAUAUGAUAUCUCCUGGGACUCAGUUUAUGAAGAACCCUCCAACUACGUGCUGAGGGGCAAGCUACAGUAUGAGCUGCAGUAUCGGAACCUCAGAGACCCCUAUGCUGUGAGGCCGGUGACCAAGCUGAUCUCAGUGGACUCAAGAAACGUCUCUCUUCUCCCAGAAGAGUUCCACAAAGAUUCUAGCUACCAGCUGCAGGUGCGGGCAGCACCUCAGCCAGGCACUUCAUUCAGGGGGACCUGGAGCGAGUGGAGUGACCCUGUCAUUUUUCAGACCCAGGCUCAGGAGCCCGAGGCAGGCUGGGACCCUCACAUGCUGCUGCUCCCGGCUGUCUUGAUCCUUGUCCUGGUUUUCAUGGGUCUGAAGAUCCACCCACUUUGGAGGCUAUGGAAGAAGGUAUGGGCACCAGUGCCCACCCCUGAAAGUUUCUUCCAGCCCCUGUACAGGGAGCACAGCGGGAACUUCAAGAAAUGGGUUAAUACCCCUUUCACAGCCUCCAGUGUGGAGCUAGUGUCACAGAGUCCCUUAACAACAUCAGUCUUACAGCUGUCAUCAUAUCCAGCCAAGGGGAAGAAGUUCCCAGGGCUGCCGGGGCUGGAAGAACAGCCGGAGUGUGAUGGAGUGUCUGAGCCUGGUCACUGGUGCAUCAUCCCCUCGGCAGCUGGCCAAGGGGUUUCAGCCUACACUGAGGAGGGAGACCGGCCAUAUGGUCUGGUGUCCAUUGACACAGUGACUGUGGGGGAUGCAGAGGGCCUGUGUGUCUGGCCCUGUAGCUAUGAGGAUGAUGGCUAUCCAGCCGUGAACCUGGAUGUCGGCCAAGAGUCUGGCCCUAAUGCAGAGGAUCUGCUCCUGGUCACAGACCACGCUUUUCUAUCUUGCGGCUGUGUCUCAGGUAGUGGCCUCAGGCUAGGAGGCUCCCCAGGCAGCCUACUGGACAGGUUGAGGCUGCCAUUUGCCAAGGAAGAGGACUGGACAGCGGGCCCACUCUGGAGAACUGGGUCCCCAGGAGGGGGCCCUGAGAGUGAAGCAGGUUCACCCCCUGGUCUGGAUAUGGACACAUUUGACAGCGGCUUUGCAGGUUCAGACUGUGGCAGCCCUGUGGAGACUGAUGAAGGACCCCCUCGAAGCUAUCUUCGCCAGUGGGUGGUCAGGACCCCUCCACCUGUGGACAGUGGAGCCCAGAGCAGCUAGCAUACAGUAUCCAGCUGUAAUGAGAAGAUGUCAGGAACCUGUGAUCUCCUGGUAGGCCUCUGAGCCUGACAAUUACAGUGUGAAUGUGUAGAUGUGUGUAUGUGUGCACGUGCGUGUGUGUGUGCAUGUGUGCGUGAGUGUGCAUGUAUUUGUAUGUGUUUGUGUGUGUGUGUAUGUGUGUGCAUGUAUGCAUGUGUUUGUGUGUGCGUUUGAGCACAUCGAGGUUGAGGUCUGGUCUGUUGCUCUGCAUUGUAAUGCUAAAUUCUGCACCCAAAGUUCUUAGACCUAUGAGUGAAUUCUCGUGUUUGCAAACUUUUGUUGUGCAAACUUUUUUCCUUAAUUUAAAAUAUUGGUUAAAUAAAAUUAGCUACAGCCAA